GCAGGAGGUGGAGAGAGGUAGAGGCAGAGCUGAACAACAGGGACAGAGGAGGGGGGGACAGCAGGACCCAGCUAGCGCCAGUGCUCUUUAACACUACCUUACCGCUAUUUUGCGACACUGGCGCUAAAGAUAAGACCACAUUUAUCCUUUAGCUAAGAUGUGACUCCAGCAGCACUUUAUCGAGUGUGUCUAAAAACGGCAGAAAUGUGCGCCGGUGCGACAGCUAGCUAACGUGAGGUUGAAGACAAAAAGGGCAUCUGUGUGUCUUUGAGAGGAAUCUUCGGAUGACAGUUUGUGUUGUUGUGAAGCAGCACGGCGAAAAAAACCCGCUGCUCAACUGACCAACCGGCCCCGGUUACCCUAAAAACAGGGGAGGGAGAGACAGCAAAGCGACAAAAUGAAAUUCACAGAGCAUCUCUCCGCUCACAUCACCCCGGAGUGGAGGAAACAGUACAUCCAGUAUGAGGCUUUCAAAGAGAUGCUGUAUGCUGCUCAGGACCAGGCGCCAUCUAUUGAAGUCACAGAUGAGGACACAGUCAAGAGGUACUAUGCCAAGUUUGAGGAGAAGUUCUUCCAGACAUGUGAAAAAGAGCUGGCCAAGAUCAACACCUUCUACUCUGAAAAGCUGGCUGAGGCUCAGCGGCGAUUCGCCACGCUGCAGAACGAGCUGCAGUCAUCAUUGGACGCCCAGAGGGAGAGCUGGGCACACGGGCGGGGCCUGAGGAGGAGGAAGACGGUGUUCGCCCUGUCGCAGCAGGAGCGAUGCAAACACAGAAACAUUAAGGACCUGCAGCUGGCCUUCUCCGAGUUCUACCUCAGCCUCAUUCUGCUGCAGAACUACCAGAACCUGAACUUCACAGGUUUCAGGAAGAUCCUGAAGAAGCAUGAUAAGAUUUUGGAGACAUCGAGGGGAGCUGACUGGAGGGUGGUACAUGUUGAAGUGGCUCCAUUUUACACAUGCAAGAAAAUCACACAGCUCAUCUCUGAGACCGAGGCAUUGGUCACAACAGAGCUUGAAGGUGGUGACCGGCAGAAGGCCAUGAAGAGGCUGAGGGUCCCUCCCCUUGGAGCUGCACAGCCCGCUCCUGCCUGGACCACCUUCAGAGUCGGCCUUUACUGCGGAGUGUUCCUCGUCUUAAUGGUCACUGUGGUCAUUACAGGAGCCGUGGUGAUCCAGAGUGCUGAUGUUUGGCCUAUGGUCAGGAUCUACAGAGGAGGCUUCCUGUUAAUAGAGUUCCUAUUCCUGUUAGGCAUCAACACAUAUGGCUGGAGGCAAGCGGGAGUUAACCAUGUUCUCAUAUUUGAACUUAACCCCAGAAACAACCUGUCACAUCAACAUCUGUUUGAGAUUGCAGGUCUGCUGGGGGUGUUGUGGUGCGUCAGCUUGCUGUCCUGUCUCUUCAGUGACAGCAUCCUGGUACCGAUGCAGGCUAACCCUCUCGCUCUCUAUGGCUUCUUCCUCCUCUUCCUCAUCAACCCCUUCAAGACCUGCUACUACAAGUCACGCUUCUGGCUGCUCAAACUUCUGUUUCGGGUGGUGACGGCUCCAUUUCAUCGUGUCGGCUUCGCGGACUUCUGGCUGGCUGACCAGCUCAACUCUCUGGGUGUGGUUCUCAUGGAUCUCGAGUACAUGAUCUGUUUCUACAGUUUCGAACUGGACUGGAGGAAACAUGACGGCCUCAUCAGCAGUGAAGGUAGAGAUGUGUGUAACUCCUACUCCUACGGCGUCCGCGCGGUCAUCCAGUGUCUUCCUGCCUGGUUUCGAUUCGUCCAGUGUCUGCGACGUUACCGUGACACCAAACGGGCCUUCCCUCACCUGGUGAAUGCUGGGAAAUAUUCCACUUCCUUCUUUGUUGUCACCUUCGCCGCCCUGUACAGCACACACAAAGCUGAAUCCCACGCUGACGCCCAGAUCUUCCUCUACUUGUAUAUCGGCUGUUUGGUGGUCAGCUCGUGUUACACGCUGGUCUGGGAUCUGAAGAUGGACUGGGGCCUGUUUGACCGCAACGCAGGAGAGAACACCUUUCUGAGAGAGGAGAUAGUCUACCCACAAAAGGCCUAUUACUACAGUGCCAUAGUGGAAGAUGUGCUGCUGCGUUUUUCGUGGACUCUAACAAUCACCCUCAGCACAGUCUCUGGGAUUCACGGCAUCUCUGAUAUACUGGCCACUAUACUGGCCCCAAUGGAGGUCUUUAGACGUUUUGUGUGGAACUUCUUCCGAUUAGAGAAUGAACACCUGAAUAACUGUGGUGAGUUCAGGGCCGUCAGAGACAUCAGCGUGGCUCCGCUCAACGCUGAUGACCAGACGCUGCUGGAGCAGAUGAUGGACCAGGAGGACGGAGUCAGAAACCGGCAGGGCAAGAAGAGCUGGAAGAGGAGCUACAGCAUGAGUCUACGUAGGCCUCGACUGGCCUCACAGUCCAAGACCCGUGACACCAAGGUUUUGAUAGAGGACACGGAUGAUGACUCCUGACAUCAGGCCACGCCCCUCGCUUGGGUCCAGAAUUUAUUCAAAGGAGGGAACUCCACCUCCUAACCGAGGAAUUACCCAGUGAGUCGGGCGUUGAACUCUCAGCCAAGUUUUAAACUCUGAUGCCUACAAAAUCCUUUCUCCAAUGCAUGAGCCUCUACAUGGGUUCACAACUGUUUCGAGUAUUUCAAGGGAGAACUUUGACCUCUUGAACAAGCGACCCACGUCAUGGCCAUCGAACUCUUGCUCCCACCUUCAGUAAUAACCAGGAGGUGGGCUUAUCACGUAAAAACUCUACCUUACCCAAGCAGUGGGUGUAAAACUGCACUGCCUGUCAUCCACAGCCGCCCACAGGCGGACCCCUGAACUGCAGCCACUCCUCAGCCAUUGCUUGGGCUCUCCUAAAAGCCUCAGCCUAGCAUGAACAACGCAGCUAAAUGGAAUGCAAGCCGAUCACCCUGACAGGAAGUCUCCCCGCUCCCUCUCGGUGCCACACAGCUCCUGCGCAGGGAGAGGCCGACUUCUUCAAGCCUGCUGCUGUCGAGGACCAAAAGGUUUUCUCCUCCCACCUUUAGCGCUCAGCCUCACACCACAUCUCCAGAGACCUCGAGGCAACUUUGAAUUCGGACCUAUGAACCUAAAGGCCCCUUUCUCCAAAAAGAGAAUAAAAAGGGUUGAAAAGUGUCCUCCUCUUCCUCCUCCUCUUCCUCCUCCUCCUUGUUUUUGGCGACUUUUUAGGCCUUGUGACCUUCUACCCGACCCUCAGCCAACAGACUAUGCUGACAAACUUUUGGGAACGCCAAUCGGUCGCUGGCUUGACUCCCUCACCUUUCAGCUUGCCCCUUCAAAUCAUCACAGAGCUGCCUACCUGCACCUUACACGCUUUAGAAACACACACACACACACACACACACACACACACAUAGAAACAAGCACUUUGUAGGAAGGAGUUGGAGUGGAAUGCCUAUUGUGUGUUCACACACACAGACAGUGAUUUCAUAUGUGCAACACUUGACCAUUAAUCUUUUCCAGACCGUGGGAAGAUAACACACACACACACACACACACACACACAAAUAGACUAGCAAUUAUUUAUAACAGUGGUUGUAAAUAUGAGAUGGACCAAAGUAGGAGGCGGUGUGAAAAUAUUCAAAAAAAUAUCAAAUACUCCAUUUAAAAAAAAAAGGAAAAAAGUUCUAAGUUCGGACUGCAUGGAACAGCAGCUGGAAUGACUGUUCAGCUGCGGAGCUGAGAGGGAAACUUUACUUUUGUUUCCGGAAAAAGAUGAAGAUCAACUUAAUCAUCCUGCGGUAACUCCCAGUCACCCUACAUGGAAAAAAAAUACCCUCCAUCUGGAAAUGGUUUUGCUGAAUGUAUGCCAACUUAUUUAUAUAUGUAUGAGUGGGAGAGAUGCCUAAAUAUAACCAGUUAACCCAUAUAGGCUAAUCCUUUUUUGGAAACUUAAAAUAAGAGGUAAAAUGAGGAUUUUUUUCUUUUUUUUUGUCUUUUGGCCCCUGAAAUUUUGAUGGAAAACUUUUGGUUUAUGAAACAGUACGUCUCGUCUGUUAAACUGGUUCAUGUGAUGAUGACGAUGGAAAGAGCGGAGGUCACCUGUCUGUCACAUCCUGGUUCAAACUGUCACAGUCAAAAAGAUGGUGUGGUGAAACUUGAAUUUGAAUGACGUGGCUCUUUGAUGGUGAAGGACCAUGAUUGGCUAUCAUGAGAUACAUGCUGAUGUAACUCAGGUUCCACUAACACUCCAGUUUGAGUUUAACACUUUAACUCUUUGUAACAUGAGCAAAUUGCCUUGAUUUCUUUCAAAAACAUUGGUGGAGGGCAAUGAGCAACUUAU